AUGAUAAAUCCAAAGUUUGAAAAGGCGGUAGCUCUCCAAAAAUGGCAUGACUAUAAAAAGGCAAAAAACAUAGAUAUUAGUUUAUUACCAAGUAUACAACUGAAAAAUGCUCGAGAAGUAAAGAUUGAGGACAUCAAAGAUGAUUCGUUCGACAAUAAAGAGGAUACAUAUUUUAAAUUUAAUGCAAGAAUAAAAGAUAUAAUGAACAAAGACGAACCAUGGUAUUCUUCUUGCAAGAAAUGUUACAAGAAAGUGGACGUUAUAAAUAAUAUUGCAAAAUGUCAUCGUUGUGGCGUCGAGAAUGUUGAUUACCAGGAAAAGUAUAUUCUAAAGCUUGAGGUGUUUGAUAAGAAAGAACGUUGUUAUGUUACACUGUUUGAAUCUACAAGAUACUUGCUUGGUUGUGAUGUUACAACGUAUAUACAAUCAAUAUCUCAAAAGAAAGAAGAAUCCAAAUUUUAUCGCAAAUUGGUGUUGAGUCGGGAAAAAGAGUUCACCUUUCUUGUCAAAAUUGAUUCCAAAAAUGGUGGCGAUCGAGAUGGAAGACGAUUUAUUGCGGAGGAGAUACAGGAAGUUGAAAAAAUUGCUGCAAUUGAAAUAGAUGAAGAGAUACAAACGGAAACAGGAAUCAAGAAGACCAAAAAAGUCGAAGAAGACAUCAACAACCCAAUAAUUUGCAAAAAAAGUCAAAAUUGA